AUGGAUGAUCUCGGGCAUUUUGCCGCGGACAUCCUUAACAACAAUCCAUACUUCAGCGCAGGUGCUGGCCUUUUUGGUAUGGGUAUUGGUGUGGCUCUGCUACGUCGAUGUGGACAAGUCGUCUCUGUUCUGCUGCGUCGAAAUCUGACUUUGACAAUGGAAAUAGCCAGCUACGACACCUCAUAUCAAUGGGUCAUGCACUGGCUCUCGAAGCGGGCAUUCUGUACAGAGGGUAGUAGGUUACAAAGAGGAGCUGGGCAGCAUUUCAGUGUCGAAACCAGUGUUGUGCGCACGGAGGCUGGUCGGAUUAAAUCAGCAUUUGAAUUCAUACCAAGUACUGGUGUUCACUACAUCUUUCACCAAGGGCGCAUUCUUCGUGUGGAGCGUAUCAGGUCGCAGCAGACACUUCAGGGUGCCUCCGUUGCACCCUUUGAAAGUGUUACUCUCACCACUCUGGGUUUCAAUGCACAGAUUUUCAGGGACAUCCUCGAGGAAGCCAGGUGUGCUGCUGUCGCAAAAGACGUGGGAUGGACUGUCAUUUACAAGGCCUUCGGAUCUGAGUGGCGUCAGUUUGGAUAUCCACGUCCUCGGCGUCCUCUCAAUUCCGUCAUUCUGAGCGAAGGCGUAGCUGAAUCAAUUAUAGCGGAUAUCCAAGAGUUUAUCAGUGAGCGGAUGAUAGCCUAUUAUCUGUUAAACCCUUCAGGCAGCUCUGAUUGGUACUGUGCUCGUGGUAUCCCUUAUCGUCGUGGUUACCUUCUUUAUGGUCCACCUGGCUGUGGAAAAAGUAGCUUUAUAACUGCUCUUGCCGGUCACCUUGAGUACAACAUCUGUGUACUAAAUCUAAACGAACUGGGGAUGUCGGCCGAUAGAUUGGAUCAUUUGCUAACCCACGCACCUCUUCAAUCCAUUAUCCUUCUUGAGGACAUUGACGCCGCUGUUCCCAAUCGGGAAGAGUCCAUUAGCCUGGCCCAGCGAUACGGUCGCGCCUAUGAGGGCAUGCAGGGCCUUACUAUGAGUGGUCUUCUCAACGCUCUAGAUGGCGUGGCCUCGACUGACGGUCGAAUCCUCUUCAUGACCACGAAUUAUGUCGACCACCUGGACCCGGCUUUGGUGAGACCAGGACGGGUGGACUUCAAGGCAGAGGUAGGGCUGUGCACUGAGGACCAACUUGCUCGCAUGUUUUCGCGUUUUUAUCCUCAAGGGGAGGUUGCAGAGCACCCUCUGGCGAAGUCGUUUGCUGCAUCAUUGGGAGGGGGCUUGGUGAGUGCGGCACAGGUCCAGGGCUUUCUUCUCGUCUACAAGUCAUCGCCUCAAACCGCUAUAGCUGCUCUACCUGAAUUCAAAGCGAAGUGUCUACGACACCGGGAUAAAGCAUAA